CUGGGGAAAUGGCGGCACCGAGGCUGCGGCUUGGAGUGGGAAAGCUCUUCGAGAUGUCCUUGGCGCUGGGGCGCCUGAGCCGAACGUACAGCACAUCUCAGGUUUUUGCUGAGGUGCUACAGCUGCCGACGAGACAGCUGACGAAGCUAGUGUACCCGCUGCAAGAACUCGAGCGCCAUCUCGCCCCGAACACGAGGCCCGAACUUAACCUGAGGAUCUUCGACCCGAGCCUGGAGGACAUCGGGAGGGCGGAGAGCUGCUUCUCGGCCACCGCCCGGAGCCGCAUCGAGUACCUCACCUCCGCCGUCCGUCUCGACCACGCCCCGGACCUCCCCCGGCCUGAGGUGUGUUUUAUAGGCAGAAGUAAUGUUGGAAAAUCCUCUCUAAUAAAGGCUUUAUUAUCACUGGCUCCAGAGGUUGAAGUCAGAGUCUCCAAAAAACCCGGGCACACAAAGAAAAUGAAUUUUUUCAAAGUUGGAAAAUAUUUUACAUUGGUGGACAUGCCAGGUUAUGGCUAUAGAGCACCUGAAGAUUUUGUUGACAUGGUGGAGACCUAUCUAAAAGAACGAAGGAAUUUAAAGAGAACAUUUUUAUUAGUAGAUAGUGUUGUUGGAAUUCAAAAAACAGACAAUAUUGCCAUAGAAAUGUGUGAAGAGUUCGCAUUGCCUUAUGUGAUGGUAUUAACAAAAAUUGACAAAUCUUCCAAGGGACAUCUUUUAAAACAAGUGCUUCAGAUUCAGAAAUUUGUUAACACGCAAACACAAGGAUGUUUUCCUCAGUUAUUUCCUGUAAGUUCUGUGACCUAUUCUGGAAUCCAUCUGCUGAGAUGUUUUAUAGCAAGUAUAACAGGAAAUCUUCACUAAUGGCUCCAGUUUAGCCAAAUAUACAAAAUUCUUUGUGCCAACUGGAGUUAAUCACCUAGAAGAAUUUCAACAUUGUUUUAAAUAUUGUGUAUCUGUAAAUUACAGGAGGAUCACUUCAGCUUUAAAACCUGCAUCUUCCCAAAGCAAGAAUGAGUUUGUGCCUGGGGAAAAAAAGGUUUAUAAAUAAUUGAAUCUUACUGUUCAUUAGAACAGAUACUAGCUGAUUUUUCUAUUUUAACAAACUGACGAGUAUAUAGAAGUCCAUAAAAUGAAAACUUAAUCUACUAUGUAGAGAAGGGUUUACCAUAUUAUUUAUUGGGCUUUUGUCUUUUAAAGAAAGUAUAAUGUGUAUUGUUUUAAAUAUUAAAGUGGACUAGGUAAAAGGGGCUGCUUUUCUGUUAAGUGUUGAUUGGUAAAUUGAAGGAUAAGUGCUCCUUUGUUAGUGUAUAAUUAAGGUUUUUUCUUAAGUUCUUAUUUGAAUAUUUAAAAAAUUAUUCUUGAUAAUAUUUGUUAGUCCAUGUUAGAAACACCAGUCAUUUCAGGCUGGGAUCAUUCACUCUCAGGUGAACACAGGAUUCAGAGUUCAGGUUCCAGUAAUAAUAUUUAUUAUAUCUUGGGCAAAUUACUUGAUUUCUCUGAACUUCAUUUGUCACUGUAACCUCACAAGCUCUCAAGAUUAAAAUAUUACAUGAAGUAUAUAUAUGUGAGAAGAACGGCUGCAUACUUGUAAAGCCAAACCAACCAAAGAACAUAUCAAAAUUCAUAGGAAGAUUUAUCACAGAAAACAUCUCGUCAUGGGGUAGGUAAAAUUUUCUCUAAUGAAAAGCAAAAAACAAAAGUAGCUUUAAGUGAGAAAACUAAUUUAUAAAGGGUGAGAGAAAAAAGUUGGUGGGACAGUUUAGAAUUGGUAUAUUUAAGGUUUAGACUGGAAAGAUAAAGCCUUACUUUGAACUAAAGUUAAUGGAAAAGAUUUUUGUGAAGAUGCCACUGACCUGUUGAUGUAAGUGGCUUAACUUUUCCAAGUGAGGAUAAAUAUUAAAAGGUGAUAGUUAUAGUGCUGGGUAGAAAAACUACAGCUAUAAACCAACUUUGUGGCUUUUUUAGAAAAUUCAAUUGUGAAUGUAUUUUCAGUUUUAUAAUUGGUAGAAUUGGUCUAUUUUAUUCAAACCAGCAAUGUUUUAAGCCAAAAAAAAAGAUUGUUUUUAAGAUAGGCAUUCCCCUAAGUAAAAUGUAUGAUGAUAAAAGAAUUAUCUUAGACGUCAUCUUUCUGCCAGUGUUAUUUUACUGCUUGUCUUUCCUGAGGUUCUAAAAACAGAGCCUGAGACAAAAGCUUGCAUGUGGUAGUUUAUUUGGGGAGUGAUCCCAGGGAACAAAAGUGGUGAAAUGAAAUAGAAGGAAGUAAAGCCUAUCAAUGAUGCACUGAGUUGACCAAAACAUAGGCACUAGUGCUUGCUCGAGGGACCUUGUGAGGAGCCUUAUGAAAUGUACCUCUGAACUGGCUUUGAGGAGGGGAUGGCCCCACACGGCUUCCAGGUUGUACAUGCCCAAGUGACAAGCAGUUCUUGCAACUUGUCAAAAGCCCAAGGGCAGGAAGUAAGAGGUCCCAGAGCAGAUUACAAGGUCCAGAUGCACUUGAAACUGGUUACCACAGCAGUAACUGAAGUAAGAAGGCCAAGAGGGUUUGAAGUGACUCACAGGCCUUGUACACUGCUUUCAUAAAUGACCUGAGUGCCCUAAUGCCACUAGAAGGGGAAAAAAUUGGUGUUUACUAUGAUGACUCUGACAACAGUUUAUAAUCUCACCUUCUAGGUAACUAAUGAUUUGUAUGUAUAUUUUAGAUUUCAUUUUUAAAAAUUCAAAAUAUCUGAAUUUAAGUUACAUGGAACAAUUAACUGAUAUAGAAUUUUACAUCCCUUAUAAAUACAUAAAUUAUCAUUUUGUGGA